AUGCCCACUGCCCAGCUCUCUCCAAUAAUGCUCCUCUCCACCCCAACCACCUCCGCCGGCACAGCCCAGCCAGAGCUCCUCCACGAGCCACCGCGUUUCAGCGAAGAUAUAGACGUAGAAAGCACUUGCUCCACCCCUUUUGUAAGUGCACCUUCCAGUCCUAGCCAUGGCUCUUCUGGUUAUUUCUUCAGUGCUCCAGCCAGUCCAAUGCACUUCUUGUUAUCCAGGGAGAAACAUAAACCUUCUGACUAUGAACCCGUUUUAUUUUCGUCGGAUUCGGGUUCGUUUGAGUUUGAGUUUUCGUCUCGGUUUUCGCCAAAUGGGUCAGGUGGGUUAAGCUCCAUGACUUCUGCUGAUGAGUUAUUUAUAAAUGGUCAGAUCCGACCCAUGAAACUGUUCACCCAUGAAGAAGAAGAUCAAGACGUAAGAGGUAACAGCACAAGAGGCAGGGAUCUGAAAGUGCGCAGCAAUAAAUACGCUCACCGUAAAGCCAGAUCCAUGUCGCCAUUAAGAAUCGCACAGUACGAAUUGCAGAGAGUGAAAAGUGUUCCUAUAAGUAAAGAUCGAGGGAAUGAUUUGAAAGAAAGUGAAGUAGUGCUCUCGAGUGAAACGACGCCGUCAUGUUCAGCAUCGUCGUCAAGGUCCUCAUCAUCAGGGAGGAAUUCAAAGAAAUGGAUAUUUUUGAAGGAAAUAUUGCACCGGAGUAAAAGUGAAGGUAGGGCCAAUAACAAGGAGAGAUUCUGGUCGUCUAUUUCAUUUUCUACGGCCAAGGAGAAAAACAACUCGCCGUCGCCGGAUAAUAAUAAAGAAGAAAUUUUUGUGGACACCCAGAAGCAGAAAAAACACAUGAAGGUUCCAGCUGCCGGGAAACAGGCGAACGGCGUGUGGAAAAGGAGAGAGCUGCCGUCAGCUCAUGAAUUGCAUUACACGGCUAACAGGGCUCAAUCGGAGGAGAUGAAGAAGAAGACAUUUCUGCCCUACCGGCAAGGGCUUCUAGGGUGUCUCGGAUUCGGGUCCAAGAGUUACAAUGCUCUGAGUGAAUUUACCAGGACCCGAACUCCUUCUAGAAACAGCUCAAAAAAUUCAAAUUGGAGUCUCUGA